AUGCAUGAGGCAUGGAAACAAGGCAUUGAUUACACUCCUAAUGAAACCGAGAUACACAAUAUCGAAGAUCUUGGAUUCACAGCUGAUGAAGCUAUCCGAGCUCUCAAAAGAUCAAAGGGCAAUGCAGAUCAAGCUGCAGAAUGGCUAUUGUCUGGAGCUCCAGAAGCUGAACCUGUCGUAACCACUGCUGUUGCUGAUCAGUGGAAUGCUGCUAGCACUCUAGCUCAGAUGCCUUUGAAUGUACAUGAAACUGAGGAUGAACAAUUGCAAAGAGCUUUGGCCAUGUCUCUUGACACUAGUGGUGGUGGUGGUGAUAGCGGUGGUGCUUCUGCCUCUGCUCCAAUCGGAUCGCAAUCAACAGCCGUGAUACCAAAGGUCGAUGUCCCAUGGGCUACAGACGCUAAUUCUAAUGGCAAUUGGGAUGCCACCAACAACUAUGAUACAGGAUGGUCGACCACGCCAGACUUCGCAACAUCGUUGGAUAAACGAACAAGUCAUACAACGCCUGUCGGUCUCGUGCCGUGUGAAGAUUACCCACUUCUCACAGGCUUCCUACAAGCUUUAUACGCCAUCCCAGAAGCUCGAUAUCAAGUAGCUUCACUACCACGAAGUGAAACACUCAACAAACCUGGAUUCGAAUUGCAGAAUCUGUUUGCAAUGAUGGCACACUCUGAACGAAAAUAUGUUGAUCCUCUACCUUUUGUCCAAACUUUCAGACAGAAGGGUGGGAUUGACGAUUUCAAAGACCUGUUGAAGAAAUUUGUUGACAAAGUUACGGGUGGUGCAAGUAAUGCCAUAAGAGAUUUGCUGACUAUGGAACUCACGUAUGACUGUGGAAAUCGUCUAGAUGUACGACCAAAGACACAGCAUUUGUGUCUAGAGUUGUUAACAGCUUCCACGCCUUAUGGUGUCCCUCUGGAAUACAGUGUCCGUGACUUCUUCCACAACCUACUUCAACAAGAUACAUCUGGUGAGACCGAGCGAAAAAGGAUAACCCGAUAUCCCACUGUCCUGUGUAUUCAACCAACACCAGCCUUCUUUCCACGACUCCUCAAAAUGGAUGGAAACUACGAAUUGUCACUGAGUCGAUUCGGUCUGCACUAUAACGACUAUAACAGAUUGGACGAAAUAAAUCGUGAAUUGGAUAAGCUGCACGCUAAAAUAGCUAGCAAGGAGCGAUUGGAAAAUGUCAAGCACGCUACAGAAUUUGCCCGCAUCUCAAGCUACCUGGGUGCUCAAGAUCCUGAUCCUGCCGACGUGACAUAUACGGAUAAUCCAGAAUUAUUACAAGCUGCUCAUGCUCAAAGAAGGCAAUUUCUUGAGGACUUGGAUAUGGUUGACAGUAUAUAUAAGGAACAUAUGCAGGCCGUUGCGCGUAAGAGAGUCGUCCUCUCCUUGUUUUCGGAAUUUGUGUUUGAUUUAGGUGGUUGUACCCUAACAUUCUACCAACUCUCUCAACUAACACACUAUUUCAAACGACAUUUUAUAGAGGCCGAAGAAAGUUAUGCACAAUUACAGGAACUCAAACGACGGGAAGAAUCUCGGCACUUUGAUGACUAUGUACUCAUCUGUGCCAUAGCCACAUCACCAUAUAGUUCCAAAGAGUUUUCUGCCGAUAAUGUCUCGUACGUACGUGAUUUGACUGGUGUCAAGAGGUGGUGGAAGUUGCGACACUUGCAUGCAGAAGUGCAAUCUGUGACCGAAGAUCAGGUGCAAGGAGCACUAGUUACUGAUCCUAUAUAUGCCUUGGUGUAUGCUCAUAAAAUGGCGCUUUCUCGUGGAGGGGAUGUCGCGUAUCCUCCCGAUGCAAUCCAAAUGGUCCAAAGAGACAAUAUUGAGCUAUAUCAUGAUAUUGAUCAAUCCAAUGCCAGCAAAAGCCACAACAAUGAUCAUCAAAACAGCUCUUCAUCUUCCUUGUCUGGAGCAUUGGGAGAUCCCAUGGAAAUACCAUUCCCAGAGAAUGAGGAUCCGCCGUUGGCUCAAAUCAUUGGAGCUGAUGUUGCACCCUUAUCAAAUGACGAGGAUGAGCGAACACAGAUGGAUGUAGAUUUGGAGGGUGCGAGCCAAGAAAUGUCAUGA